AUGCUUGAGAAUGAAGCCCCUGACCCCUUCGACGACUCAGCUGAGAGGUGCAACGGCCUUUGCGAGAGCGUCACUGCGGCCUUGUCGGCAAACAGCUUCGCGCCGCCCACGAAGGCCUUCGAAGACUUGAAGAUGGCUGGGCUCCUGGAUCUACGUACAGUCAUCUAUAGCUUCUUUCUGAACCAGGAAAUCAAGGAGUUCUUGCAGGAGGAUGUGGCAUCUUGGUACGUGCCUCCUGCCUUCGUUGCAAUGCAGCUUGAGCCUUUAUGA